UGGUGCACAGCAAAAACUAGCUGAGUCUUGGAUUAGAAGUGUUGUUAUUGCUGAUUAUUUAACAUAAUGGGUAUCCAAUGCCUUUAUUGCAGUGCAAAUUUUGGUACAAAUGGGAACCUUAAAAUGUUUGUCACCCACAGAAGUUCAAGAAGCAGGCGAAAACUUCUGCUUGGUUUCACUCUUAUCGGAAGCUGACAUGUAAACUGGAAAAUUCAGAAAUAUUUGCAACCGUUGAGUAAACAAUUCGAAGGUAACAUCCUUAAAACUAAAAAAAAAUACACCUCCCACCCUGCAAAGAAGCGCACCACAGCAUCUGCAGUGUACUUUGUGUUUGCUCUGUAAUUUGAAUGCGUCCCCACAAAUUAUGCCGGGACGGUGCUCCGAAUUACGCCGAGGUCGGGCACCAACACACCAACAGCAGGAACCCGGCCUCAGUCUGUAUCAGCUUGGGGCCCGUACACUGCGGAAGGUCGCGGCAGCCGCCGCUUGAUUGCUUCCGGAUCGAAGGCACUCGUAGGGUAACGACACCUUGACCAAGCGGCGAACGAACACCGCCUCUAUUGGCCGCUGGCCCAGGGAAGGGGGAGGCCAGGAGGUCGCUCCACCUUCCCCUCCGGCUUGCAGCGAUGGGAACAAGCGGCGGGGCCUUCACUUGUCGCUGAGGCGGAGGGACUUUGCAGAGCACCGCCCACUAAUUGAGGAGAGAGAGUUGGGGGUAAAUGCCCGGGACUCUGAGUGCGGCGGUGGACGCUGGUUGUGGGGAGGGGGUGGUCCCCAAGCCAUGGGAAAGCCCAGUGUGUGUAUGUAUGUGCGCGAAGGACACGACGUGACCUGACAGCGAGGAACCUCCGGGAUAUCCGUCACUCCGAGUUGUGUUGAUGGUGUUUGGUCAGUACCUGGCGGACUCUCCGCCAUCUCUGUCUCUCUCUGACCUUCUCUUGGAUGAGGCUGAACAUGCCACGUCGGAAACAGGUUAAUCCUAAACCUUUGAGAGACAAAAUUCAAGAAGCACAAAAAGAAUUGCGGGUUCCUGAAAGUGCUCACAAAAGCUUGCAAGUCACUGAAGGCACAAGAAAAGUAGAAUUCCAAGAAUCUAGACGAAAAGGAAAGUUAAGCGUAUCUAAAGGUGUAAAGCGGAAGAAAGUUGUGGCUGAAAACGUGACAAAGAAAAUCCCCAAGUCACCUGUGAAAGCUUUGUUAAAAUUAAGUAAUCAUGGACCGUGUGCAGAGGCAGCCUUGUCUGUUGAUGGUGUUCCAACUGCUGCUUCACCUUUAAAAAAGGAAUCCUUGCUUGACCAAAAUGGAGAACUGGAGAGAGAAGGAGAAAUUGGGCAAGAAUGUUCAGAGGAACUAAAUUUUGUUGGUGAGACAACUGAAGUCCGAGCUGGAAAAUUAUUGCAGAAAAAAAUCGUGGCACAACAGAAUUCAGUUGAGUCCCCAAAUUGGAGUGCUCACCAACUAGAAACUGAUGCAACAUUAAAAUUGUUGGUUACAGAGAAGUCUCCUUCACUAUCCUAUGAGCACUCAGAGCAUCCAAUUCAACAUCUGUCUUUACUGCGUAAACAUUGGAUCAUUAAAGCCGAGAACAAAAGUUGCAGUACAAAUGGGAGCUCUCCUUAUGCAAAUUCUGCAUUUGAUGUCUUAUUGAAAGCAAUGGAGCCAGAACUGAAAACUUUAUCAAAGGUAAAAUUUUCUGCAGCUGACUCAGAGUCGAGAAAAACAGAUGUCAGUGUUGUAUCUCUGGGAGUGUCAAGUGGAACAUCAACAGUUUCUGCACAGAGCCUAAGUCAGCUUUCAGAAUGUAAAUCCAAAUUUGUCACAGACCCACAGUGCUAUUCAAAUGUUGCUCAAACUGUGCCCAAAUCAGGGAAUAGACAGCUGACAAGUCAGCCUGCAUCUCACUUGCACUAUCAGCAAACUCGACAGAUUUUACAUGCUAAACAAGAUCAACAUCAUGUCUUAUCUCAGAGGUUUAAUGGAUCACCAACACACCAGCAGAAUCAAGGAAAACACCAUUUCCAAUCACCACACGAUUUAACCAUGACUUCUUCAGGUCAGACUCAGACUUCUGAAAUGCCAUAUAGGCUGCAUCAAAAUCAGCUUUUGGUCAAUUCAAACCUGUCAAUGACAACCUAUCAACCAAACUGUGAUCAAAUUGGAUCUGGUUAUAAGCAGAUGCCAUCUGUUGUCAAUGCUGGGAUGGACCAAGUGUCCAAUAUUGCGCUUAAGGACCAAAAGCAGAAAAAGCAGGGGAAGUAUAUUUGCGAGUACUGUAACCGAGCAUGUGCAAAGCCUAGUGUUCUCCAAAAGCAUAUUCGUUCACAUACUGGGGAAAGGCCCUACCCUUGUGUUACAUGUGGGUUUUCAUUUAAGACGAAAAGUAACUUGUAUAAGCACAAGAAGUCCCACGCUCAUGCUAUCAAACUUGGUCUUGUUCUCAGAUCGGAGAGCAGCAGUACAUCAGUAUCACAGGAAUCUGACCGAGGGCUUAUUCAUUCAGACGUAGAGGAAAGCUGUGAAAGUGAGGCUGAUUCCACAUCAGAGGAAAAAUAUUUUGAUCAAAAGCACUUUGAACAGGAAGCUUCACAAGUAGCUAACAAUAUGUCCUAUUCAGAAGCAGCUACAGCUUUCCCCUCGAGUGUCUCAUCAUCCAGUAAACCAGUAACUAAAAUCUCUGGUUAUGACACUUAUGAGUCUAUGACCCUACAUGAAAGCACUGAGCCAAAAAUUACAGCUGCUUUGCCAAAAGUGGUGGUUUACCCGGUGAAUAUUUCUCCUGUAAGGGCUAAUAGUCCACAGGUGACGGGUACAGCUCCAGAACCUGUCAAUCCUCCACUGCAGGUAAAUCCACAGGCUGCUAAAGUAGAGUCAACUUCAACUUGGAUGUCUUGGACAAAGCAAGAAACUGGAUGCAAGCAGCAGCUGGAAGUGAGUCCACAAGAGGAAGAAAAGGCUCAGUCAGUGACUUCACAUGCACAGCUUCAAAGACAGCAGGCCACAGAACAAGGGAAGCAUCAUUUGAGCCCUCGAAGUUUAGGGAGCACAGAUUCUGGGUAUUUCUCCCGUUCCGAAAGUGCAGAUCAGCAGAUGAGUCCCAUCAGUCCCUUCAUUAAGUCAUUGCCCAUCACCGAAGUUGAUGCAAACAGGGUCAAUUUUCCUUGCCCUCCUCACAGCAAUCAAGUUAUGGCCACUGAUUUACAGGUGAAUACAGUUUCAGUUGAAAAGCAGUUCAAAUCAGCAGCUCCUGUUCAUACCCAGAUUGCAAGCAAAAUGCUUGAAGAGCGCAUUUCUAAGUUGAUAUCAGACAAUGAAGCAGUAGUGGAUGAUAAGCAGCUGGAUAGUGUAAAACCAAGAAGAACAUCCCUUUCUAGGAGAGGAAGCAUAGACUCACCAAAACCUUACACAUUUAAAGACUCAUUCCAGUUUGAUCUACGGCCUCUUCAUUCUGGAAGGAGAACAAGCUCCAGUUCUGAUAUUCCCAAGUCACCCUUUACACCUACUGACAAGUCAAAACAAGUGUUUCUUCUGUCUGUUCCUCCUCCAUUCCCUCCUCUUGAUUGUUUGCCAAUUACUAGAAGUAAUUCAAUGCCUGCUACUCCAGCAAACUCAGCUGUACCUGCAAAUACAACGUCAGCUGCACACCCAUUGCGAGGGAGCCAGUCAUUUGAUGACAAAAUUUGUGGUUCAUUUAGCGAUGAUGUCUUUGUACCUGGAGCACAGACAACAAUCCAUCUUGCCUAUCCACGAACCCUUGUCAGACAGACUGCAGUAGAAGACUCAUCAGCCAGUGAGGGGCAGAGCUUUGCUUCCACACGCUCUAUGGAUGAAGGUUUCCAGAGGAGCACCAUGGCCACAGGGGUUUUGAUGCCAAGAAGCAAAUCAUUUGAACACAACAUGCGUAUGCAGGAAAAAGUGAAGAAGUCACAAGGUCGCGGGUCCAUGUAUGAAUGUGAAACAUGCCGAAACAGAUAUAGGAAGCUGGAAAACUUUGAAAACCACAAGAAAUUCUACUGCUCCGAGCUUCACGGGCCAAAGGUCAAACCAAUCAUCACAAAAGAUUCGGAACAUGAAGCAAUAUCUCGCAGCAUGUCACCACAAUUGUUACAUUAUAGGAUUAUAGGAGCAGCAGGUGUGCUCCAGCAUCCACCUAAGAUGCGGAAAAGGAGGAAAAUUAAAAGUAUUGGUGAUGAUGAUGAGCUUUUACCUGCUUUAGGUACUGGGACAGAUGCCACAAAUAAAGAAUCUGCAUCAGAUCAGUUAAGUGCUACAUGUCAACACAACAAUUUAGGUGGAGGCAGCCAAUCCACGAAUGUUAGUAUGAAAAGUCUACCAGGGGAGCACCUUCAGUCAGGCAGCAAGGAGCAUUCCCUAGAGGAUCCAGUAUCUUUUAGCAAUGAAAUCCAAACCAAGCCAUCACCCUCACCAUUGCAAGAACGAGAGUUAAGUAGGGCUAACAGUGGUGUGUCUGUAAUACAGCAUACAAAUUCACUGAGUAGGCCCUGUUCAUUUGAACAUUCUGAAUCAGUGGAUAGAAAUUCUCCUGGUCCUGUGCAGGAAAAGGAAACCCAUAAUGAAAUAAUGCAGCUUUCUUUAUUUGUAACUGGUAAAGAAGACGCUUGCAGUCAAUCCACUUCCCAAAAGCAACCCAACCCUGGGAUAUCAAGGGCAUCAACAAGCGAACAUUCGAGAUCUUCUUCUGUUGAUUGCUCUUUGGUGCAGCAACUAAGAUUGGUGCGCCAGCAUAACAUUCAGGUUCCAGAGAUUUUGGUCACUGAGGAACCAGACCAGGAGCAAGAUGUGCAAGGAAGUGAGCAGACAGAGAAGUUUCAUUGGCCUCAGAGGAGUGAGACACUAUCAAAUCUGCCAACAGAGAAGCUACCGCCAAAGAAGAAACGAAUCCGCUUAGCUGAGAUGGAGCAUUCAUCUGGUGAAUCCAGUUUUGAUUCUACGCUGUCAAGGAGUUUCAGUCAGGAGAGCACUCUGUCUUGUUCUAGUCUUUCAGCCUCUUUUGAUAGGGAGGAUGCUCUAAGGACUGAAAGUCCUUCCAAGCUGGAAACACUGGUUAAGUCAUCUGAAUUGGUUCUAGUUAGUCGUUCUAAUACACUUGGUGUUCCCAAUCCAUAUUACAGAGAAAUGAGACACACUACGUCUGAACAGAAUAAUAGUGUAUCACCAUCUACAGAGGUUGCUACAGGAAUUAGUAGCAAGUCAUUUGAUUGUGGUAUCAAAGUCACAUCAAUAUCUACGUCACCAAAGGUUUCUAUGGAAGUGAUUUCAACAGUGGCUUCUGAAUUAAUAGCAUCUGGCUCUGUCUCACUUAUUGAAAGGAGAAGAGGUCCUCUUGUACGGCAGAUGUCUUUGAGUAUUAGCCCAGAUAUUCCUCAACCUCAGGUUUUGCCUUCCAAUUUAUUCCAACAAAAUCUAACUCUGCAGGUAGCUGCCCUACCACAACUCAAAAGAUCCUUAUCAAGUAGAUUAUCCCCUGUAUCCUUCUUAACUUCACAGCAUCAGUUGUCAUGUGUGACACAACUUCAACACAUAGUGCAACAUGAUCCACAGUCAUCAACUCAAGAAGUAAAUAUAAACAAUCAACUCCAAAUUAAACCACCUUUAGUUCAAACAUCUCUUGCUCAGAAAUCUGAGGCAUCAUCAUUUACAUUAGAAAGCCUAAAGGUACUACCUGCAAAAAUACGUGCAGAUCAACAGAAAUUGUGUCCAAUUAUAUCUCUUCCUCCUGCAACUGAAGAAAAUAUAUAUGCUCCUAAAUACCAGCUUGAACUUGUUCAAAAUCAAUCCAGCCAGCAAUAUAUACUUCCCAGCAUUACAUCCCAUCUGCCAGGCAUUCCUUUAUCUAUUCCUCUCACUCUAGGAUCAAGUGGGGCAACUUCAACUAUUUCAACCAAGUCCCUGGAGAUUAUUUCCAAUUUGUAUCUGGUUCCUCCAUUCCCACCUAUUCACCCUGACCACGUGUCCAAUCAGCUACAGGCUGGAGCUUCUCUGGUCAUCCAGAGUGAGAAACCUACUUUUAACACUGCUGUCCAUUCAACAUUGCCUCAGAUUCUCGUCACACAAGAUCAAACAAACCAGCAAGCUUUGGUGAUUUGUAAAUUUGAUGAUCAAAUGCAUUCAAACACUGCCAAGGAAAUGCUUUCAGGAUCAAAGGACUAUCUGGAAACCCAACAAAAUAAAAUGUCUUCUGUUUCUGAAAACUGUUAUGCCAUUAACGAAAGCAGAACUGCACUUGUAUCAAGUGGAUCAAAGAUGCCUUCUGACUGUCUACUUGCACAAGAACCUACUGGUACUAGUAAACGCAUGCUGUCACCGGCAAAUAGUUUAGAUAUUGCAAUGGAAAAACAUCAGAAACGGGUUAAGGAUGAAAGUGGAUCUGCAAGUUCUGGUAAAGUGACACCUGUGCUGUUACAGAACACCAAAUCUACUGAAAUUACUAAAUUGAAGAAGCCUGUAUUAGUGAGGCAGCACUGCACAACUGAUCAUGCUGAGAGCACGCUGCCUAUUGAGCAUGAAAGUACUCUGAAAAAUAACUCUCAAAUCAUAGACCUCAACAGCUCACCAGCAAAGCCUUUUCAUGAGCUGUCAGUUCUUUCUGGAGAAGCUUUGGACUCUGAAGGUUCUCCCUCUUCUUCAGGGACUGUUAUUCAAAAAUCACCUGUAAUCACAUUCUCUCGCUCCCUACAAGCAAGUACUACUUUGUUGAAGUCACUCAAUAAUACUCAGGCUGAUGUAUCUGCAUCAAGUAAUGAGCAAGUUCAACCAGCAAACAAUCAGGCCCAAGUAAAAGCGAGAGCUUCCUUUCCAGUUGCAAGUACACGAGAUGUACAAAGUGCAACACUUUCCUCUCUAAAGACUUCAACAAGAUUUAGUUGGUGUUAUCUGAAAAAGUGCAAACCAUUACAUACUCAGCAAGUGGACAAAAAAUUGUCCGCAUAUUCAACUUGGCAUGUCAGCCCUCAUAAUCCCAAUCCACCGGGGCUACCAACUAAAGUUAUACUUGGUCUUCUCAAUCCAAAGCAGAAGAUAAAAAAAAUGAUAUACACACAAGCAAAAAACACAUUGAAUCAGUCUGACAUAUUGGUAUCAUCAAGCACGUGGAAAGCUGAUAAAUCCAAGACGCUCGGCAACCGAACAUUUGCAAUUGGUGAACACAACAGCAAAGACAAGUUUGAAAGCCAAGUCAGUGACCCUGACAAAGAGCAUGGCUCCAAUGAACCCAGGCGAAUUAAAAUCUUCGAUGGGGGAUUUAAAUCAAAUGAAGAGUAUGUGUACGUUCGGGGUCGAGGGAGGGGGAAGUACAUUUGUGAGGAAUGUGGGAUACGUUGCAAGAAGCCCAGUAUGUUGAGAAAGCACAUCCGCACCCAUACUGACCUUCGUCCAUAUCACUGUAGUUACUGCAACUUCUCCUUUAAAACUAAAGGAAACCUGACCAAACACAUGAAGUCUAAGGCUCAUAGCAAGAAGUGCAUGGAAAUUGGAGUGGCAGCUGGUCCAUUUGAUGAUCAAGAUACUGAUGAGUCAGGUGAUAAAGCAAGAGGUGGAAAUGAAUGCCUCUACUCUGAUGCUGAAGACUCUGAUGGUCAAGAUGAAGAAGAUUAUGAAAUUGAUGAUGAUGAUGAAGACAGUCAAGGGGAAGCUGGGCUGUCAGCCACUCCCUCUGUGGCAGCUAGCCCCCUGCACAAUGCACAGAAAAAUGACCAGCUUGGCACUUUGAAUGCUGCCUCUGUCUCUCUAAUUGCUGCUGUGGGAAGGACAGCAGAUGACUGUGUUGGGCAGACCAAUACUGUUGAGGAAGUGGCUGGUGCUUGGCUUCCACAAAAUGUUAGAAACACUGAAAGGAACACAGAAAAGUCAAAGUUCUCCCCAGUCCAUUGGCAUGUGAGUGAAGAGGAGAAAACCACAUUUGGUGCAGCUGGAGCAGUACUGCCUAUGGCAAGACCAAGAUCUCCUGCUUACCAAGUAACAGCCGACAGCCAGAAUCUACAAGAAAUUCUUGGAAGGAAAACCACAGAUGAUUCAAAGAUUCCUUUGUCAAGCAGCAUUUCCACACAAAUGCCCCGAGAAAGGCAAUGUGCAUCCUAUUCUCCCAUUAGUAGUCUAUACAAGUUGGACAAGCAGCAGCAGAGACAACAGCUGGAGCAUCAAAGAGUGCUGGAUGAGGCAUGUCCAUUGCAUCUGUUUAGUCACUUGCCCCUUCACUCUCAACAGCAGGUCAAGACCCCAUUCAGCAUGGUGCCUGUAGGUGGCAUCCAGUUGGUUCCCACUAGUUUAUCUGCAUACUCCACAUUUGUACCAAUCCAGACAGGACCAGUGCAACUCACUAUCCCAGCUUUUAGUGUUAUUCACCAGACAUCUGUCAGCCAAGGUGGUGCAGAUGCAUCUAGCGACACAAAGUCAUUGAGUGUAGCAGAGGCAAAUAAGCUUUUGCCAUCUAUUUCUUUUGAACAAGUAAACUCAGCUGGCAUGCAGAGUACAAGAACAUCAGAUUUCCAAGUAGGAAAUCCUUUGGAUUUGGUGAAUUUGAAUACAGGUCCACAGUUGAUCCCUUCAAGCCUUUCGGUGAACAGAGUUGACUUUCAAGUGUUAACUGGAAAACCACAAACUCAAAGUACACUUGGCUUAAAAUCUCAUGUUCCAGGAGUACAAAUAAUGAACAUUGCAUUGCCUACACUUGUACCAUCCCUUAUUGGGACAGAAUGUCAGAGAAGCAUCAAGAAGUACUCAACAAGAAAGGAUUUUCCAACCAGCACCAAACAAGCACCAGUUAGCCUUCCGGUUGAAAUUUCCCUUCAUCAGAUCUCUCAGGUUUCUCCUCAAAUCCAGACUUACAGCCUGAAGUAUUUGUCAGAUCCUAUGGACUGGAAACAUGGACAACUAAAUAACACUGGUAAAGGACAAAACUGUGCUAAUAAAACCAUGCAUCUCAAGGCACACAAUAACAGAUCAACUCCCGUAGCCUUGGUAAACUCUGACUUGGGACACUCAAAGGGAAGUUCUGAAGAGGUGACCAAGUCUCCAGUUCAUCAGACUGCUAAUCCAGAAAAAGUAACAGGGAAGCCCAUGGGAACUCCACGAGAUACUGUACAGUACAGUGAUGUCAGCAGUGAUGAUGAAGACAGAUUAGUAAUAGCAACAUAAAUUUUUUGCAGAACCUUUUUUUGUGUAGGUAUUGCAUCCUUUUUUUAAGAAAAAGAUGAACACACUUCCUGGUUUCUUACCACAAAGGCUCUCUUCACCCAAAAGCACACUUUUUGAUGUAGAUAUAAUGUUUGUGCAAUUGUAAACUCAGACCAACUUAGGAGAAAGACACCUUCUUUUGUUCCUUGUCCAGUACAGUCAUUUUUAUAUAUGUUGUAUAAACAAUUGUGCCUUUCAGAUUUCUUGAUUUCUUGUUUUGAACUGUACAGAUGAUAAAAUAUACAGCAAAGUAGUUGCUUGUGCUUAAUAUUUUUUUUAAUUUUACAAUGUGUGGUGUUACAGUAAGGAAAUUAACUACAUGUUGCACUGAUAAUGUAAAUUUCUAUGGCUAUGAAACAGUCAUUCUGUGUACAGGCAAAAAUUGUAUACCAGCUCAUAUUUAUUGUAUACAUUUUUUGAUCCAUGAUCAGUUCUUUUUUGCUGGGAGUUGUUUUAACUUCAAGCAAAUUAUCUCUCCAAAAUAAAUGAGUUCACAUAAAACAUUUUAUAGAAAUGGCAAU